AUGGCUAAAUACAAUUUAUUGCGAGGUGACUUUAACAACCCUAUAUUUGCUGUUACAUUUGAUUUUUAUUCUCCAAGACCUCACUUUAUUAUUUUAACAAAAGACGGUGCCGGUAUCGAACGAGAAUUUAGUCGCAUCACACACAGGCAGACACAGCAGCUCGUCAAAGCUGGAAAAUCUGUAUUGGAAAGCUUCAAAAUAGAUGAUGGCAUUUUGUCUAUACACCGCGGAGCGUGGAGAAGCGAAACAAAGAAAAUUCAUGUUCAUUUUUGCGUUGACGUUGAAAGUUAUUUACGAGUUUUUGAAAGCCUAAAGGAAGCCAUUCCCAACUGGCCAAAUAAGCGAUAUGUUACAAAGGAAUGGAAAGGGAGUACAAACCCACACUCAUACGCACAAAAUGUACGAGGCUAUCCUUAUCGUAGUUAUUUGGAAAAAGAAGUGAAAGCCAUUAGAACAAAUUCAUCUCGUGAGCCCGACGUUCCACUCGGAGAAAUACAACUCGAAGGCGGUAUAACCAAGAUAGUCUAUCAUCCAAGCCAUCCAAAGAUUGGCUUCGUUGGCACAAAACCUGACUCGAUUGAAGAGUUGCAACAAGUGCUCUGGGCGAUGGAAAAAUUCGCCAAAGAACUCAGUUUGACAGACUUGGAAUCUAAGGACGAGAACCAUGGCUGCCAUAUUUGUUUGUAUUUGGGUUCGGGUAUGUAUUUAUAACGGUAUAUUCCAAGCAUGUGUAAGCUUUAUAUCCUACUAUUCCUUAAUCCAGAUCCUAUAUCUGAUGCAUGUCGAUCUAUUUUUCCUUUCAAAGAAGGUUAAAACCCGUGAAGGAAUUUUUAUAUAAUCAUAUAUGAAAGGCCGGAAAGUGCAAUCAGACAUUGAAGGAAUAAUUCCGAAAUGUCAAUAAGACAAGAAACUUACAUCAUGCAUUGCAAUGUCCUUUCCAAAUUGGCCUUGUACUUGUAGCUCAGACGGUAGAGCAUCGUGCUUUUCAACUUAUGUUUUCUUUUUUUAUCCAUGUAGUUACAACUGAUGGCUGGAAUUUCACCAGGAAAGAUGGAGAGGAUGUUGUAGGACACAUCGUGAUGGCCGGGUUUCGCUUCUAUCAUCUGUGUCCUGUGGACCUUCGAGAGAAUUGGUUACUUGCUUAUCGGCAAUCAGACUUUAAGUGUCUGACCUAA